AUGAAUGAUCCAACUGACACACUUUAUCACCAAACUGCUAUCCAUAAGUUAGCAGAAAUUGGUAAAAAUUGCAAGCAUCUAGGAAUCAUAUUCAUUCAUGGUGGUGCUUGGGUAGACCCUUUAAAUACAUCAAAUGAUUUUAAAGGAAUUGCUGGUGAAAUCAGUAAAGUGAUUGAAAAUAACAACACUCAAGGUUUUAAUAUUUCAAUGUUUGGAAUUGAAUAUAGAUUAUCUCCCAGUGUUAAACACCCAAUUCAUAUAACCGAUGUCAUCACUAAUACAUAUAAAUUAAUUAAUGAAUACAAAAUUGACAUACUGUAUAUAGUAGGACAUUCUGUAGGAGCAACCCUUGGAUUGCAACUUGCAACUGAUAAUAGAGAUUAUUUAAUUAAGUAUUCAUCUCAAUUGCAUUUAAUUAGAUCAACAAUACAAGGUUUGUUCUUGCUAGAUGGCAUAUAUUCUCUUCAAGAAUUAUUGAAAGAAUAUCCAACUUAUGAUUCCUUUAUCUCUAAGGCUUUUACCAACUAUGAACUCGAGUUUCAAGAUCCAAAGGAGUAUUUAGAUAAAGAACAACAAUUUAUCAAAAAUCUCUCUUUUUAUAUAAUACAUUCCUUCCAAGAUGAACUGUUAACUCUACGUCAAACUGAUUAUUUAGUUGAAUUGCUAAAGGCUAAAGAAAUAUCAUUCAACUUGUCAAUAUCAGAUUAUGGACGCCAUAAUGACGUAUAUAUAAAUGAUAGAGUCGCAAAAUUGAUUAUCUUUAACAUAUUAUCAAACAUCAAUUGA